AUGCGGCUGCUCAUCUUUUUCGGGGCGUGUGCCCUGGUCGCCCUGGCAGCUGAUGUUUCCGAUUGGAAAAUGCAGGAUGACGUAACCGGCGAAAUCCUGGACACCCGACAAGAUUUCCCGUGCCAUUCAUUAUCCCGUGACAACUACACCUGCUCGGCCUGUAUUCAACAACACGAUUCUUGCGCGUGGUGUGGAGCACCGCUGUUCGACAACAAGAAGCAAUUCCCGCGUUGUGACAACAAGGCCAAACUAUUGGCGAAUGGAUGUCCGGAAUAUGACAUUGAAUCGCCGGUGACGACGCUGGAGAUUGUUGAGGACGAGCCAUUAUCCGAUCAAGGAACGGUCGAUAAAGAGGAAGAAGCCAUCCAAUUGAAGCCCCAAGUCAUGAGGGUCGAAAUCAGGCCAAAAUCUCGUGUCCGUUUCAACGUGACCUACCGUCAGGCCGUCGAUUACCCGGUGGAUCUCUAUUAUCUGAUGGAUUUGUCGUAUUCGAUGAAAGAUGACAAGAAAAAGCUCUCCGAGUUGGGGGAUCUUAUUGCCGAAAAAAUGCGACGUGUCACCAAGAAUUUCCGGCUUGGCUUCGGGUCGUUUGUCGACAAGAAAAAGAUGCCAUUUAUCGAUCCGAGGAUUGAAAAGCAAAUGUCCCCUUGCCCAGAGCCCUGCGCCGAGCCGUACGGCUUCAAACACGGCAUGACGCUCACCACCAACACCGAGAAGUUCAAGGCCGAAGUCGACAAAGCCGAGAUUUCCGGAAAUCUUGACGCGCCGGAGGGAGGUUUCGACGCGUUGAUGCAAAUUUUGGCUUGCAAUCGCACAAUCGGCUGGCGUGAACGUGCCCGUAAAAUGGUCGUCUUCUCAACAGAUGCCGGGUUCCAUUAUGCGGGUGAUGGUCGAUUGGCUGGAAUUGUUGAGCCAAAUGAUGGACAAUGCCAUUUGGAUCGUCAUGGAUAUUAUACAGAAACUACCAAUCAAGAUUAUCCAUCAAUUGCUGCUGUCCAUCAGAUUGUCAAGAAUAUGAAGGCUAAUGUUAUUUGGGCUGUCACUGAGAAGAAUUUUGAGUUGUAUUCGCAGCUUUCAAACUCUCUUCUUGAUGUGGCAUCAACUGUCGGUGUUUUGGCGAAUGAUUCCCGAAAUAUUGUCGAUCUAAUCGAGAAGGAAUAUCAGAAAAUCGCGGAAAAGAUUAUCAUGGUUGAUAACGUGAACGCUUCUGAUGGGCUGAGAACGAGCUAUAGGAGUCUUUGCUUGGGUGGGACAACGAUGCAAGACACUCACGUUUGUGAGGGGAUUCGCGUCGGAGAUGAGGUGAAAUUCGAAGUGACGCUGGAGGCUGUUCGCUGUGUUGACAAGCGAGAUUUCAUCCUGAGAAUUGGGCCGUCUGGUCUUGAUGAUUCUCUGAUCGUGAAUGUCCAUGUUUUGUGCGAUUGCGAUUGCGAGAAUCCGGAGAAAAUCGUUCGAAAAGCUGUUGAAUGCAAUGGCGGUGAUAUGAUUUGUGGUGUUUGUAGGUGUAAGCCUGGCUACGUCGGCCGGCAUUGCGAGUGUAAUCGCCCCGGAAUGUCCACUGCUGCUUUGAACGAAAAGUGCAAAAGAACAAACGAAAGUGCAAUUUGCGAGGGUCGUGGCGUAUGCAAUUGUGGACGCUGUGAGUGCAACCCAAGAACGAACCCCGAGGAGCAAAUCUCGGGCGAAUUCUGCGAAUGUGACAACUUCAACUGCCCGCGACACGAUCGCAAAAUCUGCGCCGGACACGGGCAAUGCAAUUGUGGAGAGUGUAUUUGUGAGCCGGGAUGGACUGGGAGGGCCUGUGAAUGCCCGAUUUCCACGGAUUCUUGCCUGGCCGCCAAUGGAAAGAUCUGCAAUGGCAAGGGAGAAUGUAUUUGUGGAAGAUGCAGAUGCCUUGACACUGACGAUGGGAAGCGCUACUCUGGCGCAAAGUGCGAGCUCUGCCCGACCUGCCCGACGAAGUGUAUCGAAUACAAACCGUGCGUAAUGUGCCAAACCUGGCAAACAGGCCCGUACAACGCCUCGAAAUGCGAGGAUUGUCCGUUUAAAGUGGAGAUUGUGGAGGAGUUGCCGAAAAUCAAUGAAUCUACCCCUUGCCAAUUUGUCGAUCCAGCCGAUGAUUGUACCUUCUAUUUUCUCUAUGUAUUUGAUGAGACGGCGGAUAGCGCGAAAGUUUGGGUGAAGAGGAGAAAAGAUUGCCCUCCACCAGUGCCAGUAUUGGCUAUUGUUCUUGGAGUUAUCGCCGGAAUCGUGAUUCUCGGAAUCAUCCUGCUCGUCCUCUGGAAAGUCCUUACCGUACUCCACGAUCGUCGAGAAUACGCCAAAUUCAACCAGGAACGGCUCAUGGCCAAAUGGGAUACGAACGAAAACCCAAUCUACAAACAAGCCACAACCACCUUCAAAAAUCCCACAUACCAGGGACAACAUAAU